CUCAUUUCCCCGCUCUCGCUCAGAAGCAGCAAACAGAGUCGAUAUUUUCAGUUCUCCGGCGAUUUCCUUACUGUUCAGAGCUUUCAUUCAUACAUGGCGGAAGAAGAGGAGAACGUUGAAGAAGCGUCGAUUCGGACCGAAUUCCCGGCCGGCCGUGUGAAGAAGAUAAUGAGGCUCGACAAGGAAGUCAACAAGGUGACAUCGGAGGCUCUAUUCCUAGUCUCGCGCUCCACGGAGCUGUUCCUUCGGUUCCUCGCGGAGAAGUCGGCGGAAGUCGCCACCGAGAAGAAGCGGAAGAUAGUGAAGAGCGAACACCUCCGAAUCGCCGUCAAGAGGCACCGGCCGAGCAGCGAUUUUCUCUUAGACUCGCUUCCCGCGCCGCCAGCUCCCCAGUCGCAGGAAGAGGCUUCUGUAGGCCGCAAGCGCGAAGUUGCUAACAAGCCGGCACCGGCUGGAACUCGCCGGAUCGAUGCUUUCUUUGCUAUAUCAGCGAGCGGUGCUUCACCUUCAGCCUGAGAAUCGCCGGUGGAUAGCUGUAUUUCUCUUUUCCUAGAUCUCUAUUGUUCUUCGAAUUAGGUUCUAUUUGGAUUGUAAUGUCAUCUUCCCUCGAUUUUCAUAUUAGGUAUUUGAAAUUUUGAAUGCUUUCUUGUUGAGAGAUGAUACUUAGUGAAGAACAAGGCUGUAAACUCAGUAUUAGGU